GGCGGGGCGGGGCGGGGCGCGGAGCGGAGGGGGGGCACGGCGGGGAGGAGGGAGCCCCAGCGCGAGACGCAGCCAGCGCGAGGCCCCGGCGGCGCGAGGCGGCGGCGUGGCCCUCCCUCAGCUUAGCUCAGCUGCAUGAAAUAUGGGAGACGACAGGCCGUUUGUGUGCAAUGCCCCCGGCUGUGGACAGAGGUUUACAAACGAGGACCACCUGGCGGUUCAUAAACACAAGCAUGAGAUGACAUUGAAAUUCGGCCCCGCUCGAACCGACUCAGUCAUCAUAGCAGAUCAGACGCCGACCCCGACUCGCUUCCUGAAGAACUGCGAAGAAGUGGGACUCUUCAACGAGCUGGCCAGCUCCUUUGAGCACGAGUUCAAGAAAGCCGCUGAGGAUGACGAGAAAAAGAGCGCCGGAGCCCUGGACAUGUCGCUGCCUUCGACUCCGGACAUCAAAAUAAAGGAGGAAGAGCCGGUCGAGGUGGACUCGUCGCCUCCGGACAGCCCUGGCUCUAACCCGCAGUCGCCCCAGAACAAGGAGAAGGAGAUCACCUCAAAGCCCGUAAUCAUUUCUACGCCCACCCCGACCAUCGUGCGUCCCGGCUCGCUGCCGCUGCACUUAGGGUACGACCCGCUGCACCCAACGCUGCCUUCCCCGACCUCCGUCAUCACCCAGGCGCCACCUUCCAACAGACAGCUGGGGUCUCCCACAGGUUCCCUUCCACUCGUCGUGCAGCUUGCAAAUGGACAGACCAUGCCUGUCCUCCCAGGCCCUCCCGUACAGAUGCCUUCUGUUAUAUCGCUGGCUCGGCCGAUGUCCAUGGUGCCCAACAUUCCCGGUAUUCCUGGGCCACCCAUCAACAGCAGCGGGUCCAUUUCGCCGUCAGGCCUUCCAGUGCACUCAGAAGCCAAAAUGAGGCUGAAGGCCAGCUUGACGCAUCAGACGUCUUCCUCGCUGAAUGGCAGCAACCUGGUGGUGGGCUCAGCCAGCACGAUGGUGACGGCACGUCCGGAGCAGAGUCAGAUACUUGUCCAGCACCCUGACGCCCCUUCCCCAGCUCAGCCACAGGUUUCCCCUGCCCAGCCCACACCCAGCACCGGCGGGCGGCGGAGACGCACAGUCGACGAAGACCCCGACGAGCGCCGGCAGCGGUUCCUGGAGCGGAACCGGGCCGCGGCCUCCCGAUGCCGUCAGAAACGCAAGCUCUGGGUGUCUUCCCUGGAGAAGAAAGCCGAGGAGCUCACGACCCAAAACAUCCAGCUGAGCAAUGAAGUUACGCUACUGAGGAACGAGGUUGCUCAGCUCAAGCAGCUCCUCCUGGCUCACAAGGACUGUCCCGUCACUGCACUACAGAAGAAAACACAGGGCUAUCUCGCAGAAAGCCCGAAGGAGAGCUCGGAGCCCACCGGCUCCCCGGCCGCCGUCAUCCAGCACAGCUCGGCGACGGCCUCCCCCAACGGGCUCAGCGUGCGCUCGGCGGCCGAGGCGGUCGCCACGUCGGUCCUCACGCAGAUGGCGAGCCAAAGGACAGAACUGGCCAUGCCGCUGCAGCCGCACGUCAUCAUGGCCCCACAGUCGCAGUCGGCGGGCAGAUGAUGCCGCGGCCGCGCCGGUGACCCCGAACUGAGCGCCAGCUCGCAGCCGGAGAGACUCACCCGAAGCCCCUGACGAGCGGGGGCGGAUGGGGGUUUUUUUUUUUCCUUUUUUUUUUUUUUUUAAAGUGAGUUAAGGGCAGCUAUGGCGCUUCUUACACUGCGUAUCCUAGACAGAGCCCGGCCCCGAGCCGCUGCCGCGCCGUCGCCCGUCCCCGCGGGACGGCGGCAGCCCGAGCGCUUUCUCCAUCCCUUAGCCGCCGCCCCGCCGAGCCCGGCUCCGAAAGCACCUUGAACGCUUCACCGCAGGUACCGGUCACGUCAACACUAAACCUCCGUGCGUGGUGGUUCCCCGCGGUGCUUUCACUCUUCCCAGGUCCCCCCCUUCCUCCCCCUGCGCUCUCGGCGAAGGAAAAACGCAGCUCUUGGGAGGCUGUGACAUUUAGUCGUGCUGUCGAUGUAUUUUAUUUUUAACAGCGUGCUGCUUCCAGGCAUCUGCUCCCCGCACCGCUCUAGCUACGCGACGCCGCGCCGUCGCCCGCGCGUCCUCCUCCAGCUCGGGGUUGCGGGGAUCGAGGCCGGUCUCGUCGCAGGAGCGGCCCCGGUGCCGGCGGCGGUUUUGGAGCGAAUCCCGCUCGCGGCGGCGGUAGGGAGAGGGGGAAGCGGGGCGGGGGGCCGCGUGCUCCCGCUCGCUUGUGCAUAGUCACGCGGUGGUCUCCGAACGGGACGCUGUAGCUGCUCCGGCGGAAGGGUACCGUCGGCUCCAGCAGUGCGGGGGCUGCCGUCAGUCUUCCUUACAGUCGAGCGGUGCUGAACGGUGUCUGCUGGGAGAUGCGCGGCGGUGGCAGCCGGCCCCGCGGGCGGCGGUAAUUCCCGCGAUUCGGCAUCUAUCAACCACCGCACGUUGUAGCCAACAAACCCCUCCGUUUCCAAGGAUCGUCUCCUGUACGCAAAACCUCGAUGACCUUAAAAGUGGUGGCCUUAAAUCACGAGUCGUUGCCUGUUCGAGGGGAGGGAGCGCAAAACAGUGUUUCUACUUGCCCGGCCUUUUGCCUCUUCCUCGCUGUUGUCUUCUGCUCGUGGCGAUGGAGCAGCUGCUGCUUCCGAGCCGGAGCAAAUGAAGGAUUCGCAGAGCUUCCAGUUCGUAGGGUAGGUUAAACCCAGCCGGGACGUUGCAGGGCGCUUGGAGUCGCGUCCGCUUCCUCGCCGAGCGGCUGGGGCGACGUCCGCGAUCGCAGUUUGCGUUUUGGAGGAGAGGAGCGAUGCCCUUAAACCGAACCGGGUCCAAGCCCGCGACGCUCCCGGCGCUCUCGUCUUCCUCUGCUCCUCCGGAGCCUCCCCGCGCCGUCGCCCACCUCAGGUUGCACUCGCCACUUUGGAUGCACGUCCGAGCGCCUCGUCCGGCGUCCCCGGGCCUGGAGGACUUCCAGGGACAGCACAGCCCCAAGCGAAACCUCGGCGAGGAGCCGAAGCAAAACGUCGGGCGUUUGGUUGCGCUGCGGGCGAAGCGCACGGGGGACGCGGGGCCGUGUCGGCGGUGCAGGAUCUGGCUCUGCUCCGUCUCGGAGACGCUGCCGGCUGCGAGCUGAGGAGCUGCAAUACCGUUGCGACCGCUUGCAAGAAGCGGAGAAAUCCCAUUUUUAUCCGAGCGCCGAGGCCGGGCUGGGAAAACGCUCCCGUGGGCCUGCGAGCAUCUUUCUUCCUUCGGGAAAGAGCAGUUUUAGCUUCCCCUGCGCCGUUUCCGCGUCCCCCCUCUGCGUGCGGCGCUCGGUGCCUCGGGCGGACGCUGGGGAGAGACGUGAAAACGCGGCGGCAAGCCAGGAACCAGCGUCGCGUUCGCCGGUACCUUCAUUUUUUUUAUAAUUCACGCGAUUUCAGGUUCGGCGCGUCCCCUUCGGGCGCGAUGCAGCUAACGGCGACGCUUGGCACCGCUUUCCGCGGGCGCCUGAGCAAUUCCCGGCUCGCGGCGUAACACGGGCUCGACUGCGCUUUGCAAUUUUGGGCAAUUAAACCCCUCCGGGGAUCCGAAAGCUCCCGGCGGAGCUGCUUUUGAAGCCAAAAAAAAGGGAGAAACCUGCCGGAGCCGGGGCGGCCGGGCGGCCGCAGCCGGAGGGAGACGCUGGGCUCCGAGUGCCUGAUCCGGGGCCGGUUUCGGACGCGGGGCGGGAGAGGAGGGCGCCGGGCCGGCGGCCUCCCCGGAGGUGGUUUAUCCGCCCGGCGGCUCCGGUUUGGGGGACAGCGAGGGGGUUUUGGGGCCCCCCCCCAAAACCCUCCCCCCAAAACCCCGCUUAACCCCAGGGCGUAGUAGCUAUCCCCGAAAUACGUAUCUACGAGUAUAUACAGCCCUAUAUAGACAUAUAUCGAGGUGCCCGGCGGCCGCGCGGCUGCCCAGGCCCGGCCCCGGCCCCGGCGGUGCCGCUGCGAGCGGGUCCUCGCAGGCGCCGCGGGGGCCCCGGUGUCCCCCCCCCCCCCCCAAAUGUAAGGUGCCUUUUAUUUAUGCUGCAACUGUAACAUUAAAGGAUUCACGCGGA